GGUCAUUAACAUCUGGAGCAGAGAGGACAACAGUCCUGUUUACACAUUGUUAAUCACAGAGAGGAGCUUAUGACCAGUGAAAGGAAAGAGGGGGACGGAAGUGAGAGUUAAAGACAGAUGAACAUUCAUCAUUUGAACUAUGCAGAGAGCUGAAAUAAGGAAUGGACUGAAUGGAAUAGGUUAAGAAUAUUCCAAAUUUUUUUUUGAACUGGACACGUUGCAGUCAUCACUGUCAUGUCGGACAGCACCGGGGGCUGACUGGGCAAUUGGACACCAAAUCAAGAAUACAGGCUUUCUUGUGCACUGCAGGAGCUGAGUGAAAUGACACCCAUAAAAGGGAAUUUUGCUGGGAUUCUUGUAAUAACAUUAAGCUUUUUUAUCCAGUCUUCAUCUUCAUAUAACCCCCACAGAGCAGAACCAUCAUCAUCAAAGAAGCUUCAGUAUCUCCUCCAGCCUCCUGUGCAGGUAGAGGUGGCUGGCCGAAGGGGAGAUAACGUUACGCUGCCAUGCAUCCUCCGAAUCAAACCAAAACAUUACAAGAUAAAAUGGACAAAGCUGGACCCUGAGCAUUUAGGGCAACAGAAUAUAAUAAUGAUAUCAAAUGCAAAUGCUUUUAAGCCAUAUGGGCCUGUUGGACGGAGGGCUUCUCUGCUGAGGGCUCACACCAUGGACGCCUCCCUGCUGCUCAGCCAUCUUGAGCUGGGAGAUGAUGGCAGGUAUCAGUGUGAGCUGAUAAAUGGCAUUGAGGAUGAGAACAUUGUGGUCACUUUGAGGAUUGAAGGUGUGGUUUUCCCAUAUCAAAGUAAGCGUGGGCGCUACAAAUUCAACUUCCAUGAAGCCAAGCUGGCUUGUGCUGAGCAAGAUGGCACGCUAGCAUCCUACAACCAGCUUUACAGAGCUUGGACGGAGGGGUUGGACUGGUGCAAUGCAGGUUGGAUUCAUGAUGGAACAGUUCAUUAUCCAAUCGUUCAUCCUCGACCCGUCUGUGGAGGAAACUUGCCAGCAGGCAUUCGCAGUUAUGGGCCAAAAAAUAAGAACCAUGAUGGGUUUGAUGCUUUCUGCUUCACAUCCCAGAUACCUGGCUCUGUAUUCUACAUAACCGGAUCUUUCUCCUAUGAUCAGGCAGUUUACGCCUGCAAACGUCAGGGAUCAGAGUUGGCUUUGGUCGGCCAGCUUUAUGCCGCCUGGCGUUUCCAGAAAUAUGACCAGUGCAAUGGUGGCUGGCUGAAAGAUGGCAGCGUACGCUUUCCCAUCGUCAGCCCAAGGAAACGCUGUGGAGGCGUCCCAGAAGCAGGGGUCCGCACAUUUGGAUUCCCCAGCAAAACAAGUCACCUUUAUGGAGCAUAUUGUUACAGAUAACCCAUGUUAUUAAAGACAAAAUCAGUGUAAGAAGAACUUGGCAUCCAAGCUUGAAAAUGGUGGCAACAAUGAAGUUAACUUUAAAGGUGAUAGUAGCUGUUGAGAUCAGUGGUGUAAUAAGAAAAGUAGGAAAUGAAACAUUUAACAGUACAGAUGAACAAUCAACUCAGCUUAUAACAACUUCUUGUCUGAUGGGGAAACCAGCUGGUGAUUCCAUGUAACGUUUCUGUCUUCCUUCCUGUGAGCUUAUUAAAGGCUCGAUAAACUUACAGCAUACAACAACAACUGUUAAUCAGUUAGCCUUAGAAUUACUUCUAAUUAAGGUCACAAGCUUUUUGGUGUUGGUCACAAAAAAUAUGUUUGAAUUAUUUCAAUAUUUAACAGGAUUUUGUACAACUCUCUAAGUAAAAAAAUUGGAUUACAUUCAGGAUAACAUUCAACAUAUUUAUCUGACUUGGUGUGAACCCUUGCAUUAGUUUUGGCAGGUUCAUGCAUUUGUGUAUGAUUUUUUCAAGUAAUACGAAAAACGGUUUAACUUGAUCAGGGUGUCAUUUCGUGCACCAAAGUUCUCAGUCAAGACAAGAUAAAGUUCACAGUAUGUCACAAAUGGCUGACUGGCAUCAUCUGGUGGUAACAUUCUUCACUGUAAUUGGAUCAAACUAUGUAACUGUCAAAUUCACAUUCAUCCAGGUGCAAAGAGCAGGAACUAAACUCUGACUUGACUAACAUGUCUUGGGAACUCUUCUAAAUGCUGCAGAUUAAUUAUGAACAUUUAUAGUAAUUUGUUAAGCAGAAAUUCACAUUACUUUAGAGAGAGAAAAAAAGUUUCACUUGCAAAACCAGUUGGUUUCAAAUGAGAUUAAACACAGUUUCAAUGUAAUCCCUCUGUUGUUUCUGCAUUCAAAUGUGACAGUAAUGUAUGAUUUGUGACAUCUAAAGACUUCUUCAUUAAUCCAUUCAAGAAAAACAAUUUUAUCUCAUUCUAUAUUAAUAGACAAUAAAGUCUUUGUUGCUUGGUGAUAAA